GCAGCCGCAGCCGCAGCCCUCCGCGCGCGCCAGCUCUUCGCCGCCCCUACUCUCUCCGGCCCUUCUCCAGCCCGUCUCCCCGAAAGGUGCCGGGCGGACCCGGGGCCGCGGAGGCCGAGCGGCGGCAGCGGCGGCGGCUGUAGCGGAGGCGGCGGCGGCGGCGGGAGGCAGGAUGAGCGCACGCGGCGAAGGCGCCGGGCAGCCGUCCACUUCAGCCCAGGGACAACCUGCCGCCCCGGCGCCCCAGAAGCGAGGACGCGGCCGACCCAGGAAGCAGCAGCAAGAGCCAACCUGUGAACCCUCUCCUAAGAGACCCAGGGGAAGACCCAAAGGCAGCAAAAACAAGAGUCCCUCUAAAGCAGCUCAGAAGAAAGCAGAGACCAUUGGAGAAAAACGGCCUAGAGGCAGACCCAGGAAAUGGCCACAACAAGUCGUUCAGAAGAAGCCUGCUCAGGAGACCGAAGAGACAUCCUCGCAAGAGUCUGCCGAGGAGGAUUAGGGGGCGCCGACAUUCGAAUUCUACCUCACCAUCAGUUGGAUCUUUCGAAGGGAGAAGACACUGCAGUGACCACUUACUCUCUGCUGCCACGGUCUUUCCACUUUCUGCGGGGUGGGGCAGGGGCGGGACUGGGCGAGGGGCG